AUGUACGCCCAAGCAGUGGAGUGGAAUGAUGCAGUUCUCAUGUUGCAAUUUAAAGUCAACCUGUCCCAAGCCAUCCAGAACGAAUUGGCACGCCGGCCAACACCCGCAUCGUUGGAGUCGUUAAUCUUUGAAGCCAUCGAUAUCGACAACAAGCUCAUUAAGGGACCACGAGAGCGUCGUCACAUCAAUAACAACAACACCAUCACCCGUUCGCCGCCAUCUCCCAUGGAUAUUGAUCCAAAACCAAAUCAAUCUAGUAGAAUCAGCAAGGAAGAACGCGAUGGUUGUAACCAGAAUCGUUCUUGCUUCUAUUGUGGAGACAGUACCCAUUUCAAAAGAGAUUGCCCCAAAAUCAACGGUGGCCACGCAGUCAACACUUUCGUUCUAAACACUGUUACUGUAUUCCAAAUACCACCAGCCCAAGUUUAG